GUUCGUCUGUUUUCAGUACGACAAAGUUUCAGUUAAAGCACCACCCGCAAUAUAUUUAAAAAAACAUUUUUCAAACAUACCAGCAACAUUAAAAUUACGCUUACAAUUUACUUUCUAUAUUAUGUAUAUUUGAAUCGCUAUAUCUUCAACCAUAAUCGGAACAAAAGUUUGUGAGAGUGGGUCUUCCUGUUAUGGAUUUUUUUAGCGGUAGUACCUAGUGUCUGGCAUUUAAUUAUAACUCAAUGCAUGUGAUAUUUUCAUUCAAGAAAAGAAUUACGCGGUUGUCAGUGUUCUUUGAAAGUUUAUGAUGAACUCCAAUACGAAGAUUAGGCUUGUUAUUUUGAUAGUAGCCGUACUACUUGCAGUAAAUUGCGAUGCCCGAAGAAAAAAAUCGAAGAAAAACUCAAAAGGAUUGAUGUUAAGACAAAAGGAAACCAACGCUGUUAAUUUUAUAAGAUUAGCUGUAAUGCGACUGAUAUAUGGAGUAGCAACACGAAUUGGAUUUGGUGAACCCAUUUCAGAAGCGUUAAAUGGGGCUUUUGUACCACCAGGGGUCGACGAUUAUGAUGACUAUGGCGGAGGGUUAUUUGACAGCCAAGAUGACUAUGAUUAUUGAUAGGUGUAGCGGUGUAGCCCCUACAAAAUACUUAAAAAAACACCAAAAUAUACAGUACAAUAAAAAAAUAUCAUUAAGGGAACUUUGACAGAAAAAAUUAUAAUUAUUUUUCUUAAGAGAUUUGUUUAUCUGUUGUACAAAGCACAUUACCUAUGAUCAUAAUGUUUAUUAUUCAAAUACCGUAUGAUCGAAAAUAAUUAACACACGGCAUCAGCGAUGGCUAUAAAAUGAAGAUCGCUUUCAUU